AUGUCUUCCGCGGUCUUGUCGGAUACGGAUGCCAGCAUGCUUGAAAGAAAGCAACGCUGCGAGAUGUGUCUUUUCCAUCUUGCAGGGCGACUUUUUCAGCUAAAUGUCUCGUUGGACCUCCUUCAGAUCUGUCCUCCUGGAAAGCUCUGGACCAAUCUUCCCCAAUACUCCUGGCAGCCGGAUAUUUCUCAUUGGGAUGAAGCACGCGUCGCUCGCGAAUGGCGCUUUCGCCAAUAUCCUCCGCACGAGUUCCUGGGGUUCGAGUCUCUGAGACUGGCGCUAGACAUUGUUGGAGGAAUGUUCUCGCCCUGGAGAAUGUCCCGUGGUUGGCAGGUCAUGAAGUGGAGGGCCAAAAAGUGA